UAGCAGCAGUGGUGUGCUGCCCCCUUUAGGUACUAUCAAUGUGUUGCAGCAAAUGUGUCUGCGCAAGCGCAGUGGGAGUGCGGGCGCCGUUUGUGCCGUGGUUUCGGGUGAGCAUUCCUGGCAACGUCUCGCUCGGAGAACAGGCUGGAGACUGACGGUGAACCAACGGCUGUUUCCUCCAACGUCUGGGGAGUUAUUAUUAACGGACUAACAGAAACACCGGAGCGAGUUUUAGACUAAAGUACAGAGCUUCCUCUGCCUGCACAGUCACACCAAACCUCACCUCAUUUGCUCUGUCUGCACAGCUGAAGGCAGAAAAGGAAACUGGAAAUAAUCCAAAAGGAAGACUAGGAUCCAGACUAGUCCCACUAUGAACCUCUGAAAACUUUCCCCAUCUCCCUAUUAAAAGCAAUGCUUCUGGGAGCUAGAGGCCACAACACCAUUAGCAGAGUGUGUGUGGGCCCCCUGCCUAGCACCCCUCCUGAGAUGGGAUACCAGAUGCCUGCCCACCGGCCCUGAGCUCUCCCGGGGCGCCAUGAACACCUACAGAGACAAAGGGGUAACCUGCAACUCAUCAGACCUUCUGGAUGGAGGCGGAGGGUUACCCCAAAACACCCCACUUUGUCACACCCCUAAUGGCCACCCAGCCCCUGGCCCCACAGAACUGACAGUCCAACCUCGCAUUUCUGUGCCCAAAAUGGGUGUUCGUGCACGGAUCGCCGAAUGGCCUCCUCGUCGUGCACAGUCCCGGGAGUCACUGCUUGAAAACGGGCAAAACGGUAGCAAUCACUACGAUGACUGCUCCAUCACAAUGUCGGUUUUGUCACCUGACGUCAGGCUGGUGCGAGGAGGGGUCGCAAGGCUGCCCCGUAGAUGGUCGAAGGAGAUGGAGAUCAGAAGCGGAGGGUUCAGCGGUGAAAGAGGUUCGUCUUUCAAUCUAAGAGUCUUCCCACCAUUGAGACAGCGCUCCAGCAGUGAAGUGACGCUCAGUGAACAGGAUGAAAAUGAGGUGGAGGCUCGAGGAGGUGGCGGGUUUGGAAACCGGUUCAGAGAGUAUGGCAGCACCUCUUCCAUCGACAUCCAGGGCAUUCCUGAGCAAGGUUUCUUUGAGAUGCUUAGUCAGUUCCACCAGGAGAGGCCUGACCAGCGCAGCUCAGCUCCUGUACAACUCAGAGAGCUGCUACAAGUUCCGGACUCAUCGUCCAAAGCACCUUUCCAUGCUGCUCCCUCGCCUGGUCCCACAGGUGGGGAUGAAAAAGGAACAGGGAAGAAGGAUAGCACUGAGAGAGUGAGGAAAAAAAGUGGGGGGACAGAGUCAUCACUGGGUACUUCCUCUUUGUUCCGGAAACUUCGGAGUUCUAGUCGAGGGGAGCUGGAUGGAGGAAAGGGAGAGGGUAAUGAGGACAGAGGAGCGAGAGGUUCAACAGAUGCCUCCUACAAACCCUGGGUUUGUCCUAAGAGCUUUGUUCAUUUUGAUGCUCAGAGCGUCCUGUUUGACCUCCACGAGGCAGCGGCUCAGCGUGGCUUUUCUACUCAGAGGAGGAACACUGCCACAGGGGCAUCAGCCGCUUCAUCCCUAUCUGGCUCCAGAUCAUCAGCCCCGAGCCUGAACGACCCCAUUUACUCCAGCAUCGAGGACCUGACCCUUAACCUCGAUCAGAGCACCACAACCCCUUCCCUACCCAUGGACCCUCUGGAUGGGCCUGCAGCUCACAGUUCAAGCCUACUGCUCCUCUCCUGUCCCCAUUUCCUCAAUGAGAUAGGAGGGUACAAGGAAAGAAAUGUGAGCUUCCUCAGCUCCUCAACAGAGCAAGGCGAAGGAGACGGAGGAAGAGGGUGGUUGAGGAAGAGCAAUGCCAGUGUGUCUGCGCUGGAGAUCCCAGAAGAAGAGCAGGCGAAGAGACUGGAAAGACUGAAACUAUACAGCAUAGAGCAUGUAGACCAGGGAGCUCGCUACUACAGAGACUACUUCCAUGGAAAAGAGCACUCAAACUACUUUGGAACGGAUGAUAAGCUGGGCCCUGUGGCCGUGAGCAUUCGCAGGGAGAAGGUGGAGGACAGCAAUGACCUGAAAGACCAGUACCAGUACCGCAUCAUCGUCAGGACCAGUGAGCUUGUGACCCUCCGAGGCUCCAUCUUGGAAGAUGCUGUUGCAUCUACAGGGAAACACGGCACUGUCCGAGGUCUUCUGCUCAAAGAGGUCCUGGAGCAGGUCGUCCCUGACCUCAACGUCUCCUGUUUGAGACUGGCGCUCAGCACAGCCAAAGUCACCGAACAGCUCCUCAAACUGGAUGAACAGGGGCUGAGUCACAAGCACAAGGUGGGUGUUCUCCUGUGUCGUGCGGGCCAGGGUACCGAGGAGGAGAUGUACAACAACGAGGAGGCGUCGCCUGCCUUCUCUGCCUUCCUGGAGCUGCUGGGGGAGCAGGUGCUCCUCAAAGGAUUCUCAAAAUAUGCUGCACAGCUCGACACAAAGACCGACUCAACAGGCACGCACUCCCUUUACACCACCUACCAGGGCUAUGAGGUGAUGUUCCACGUGUCCACCAUGCUGCCGUACAUGCCCAACAACCCACAGCAGCUCCUGAGGAAGAGGCACAUAGGUAACGACAUUGUCACUAUAAUCUUUCAAGAGCCCGGGGCGCUGCCUUUCACCCCUCAAAACAUCAGGUCCCAUUUCCAGCAUGUCUUUGUUAUUGUUCGGGUACACAACCCCUGCUCCGACAGCACCUACUACAGUGUUGCUGUAACACGGAUGGAAGACGUUCCCUCCUUUGGACCACCCAUUCCCAGCGGAGUCACCUUUCGUGACCCAGAGAACUUUCGUAACUUCCUGCUAGCCAAAGUUAUUAAUGCAGAAAACGCUGCGCACAAGUCGGAUAAGUUCCAUACCAUGGCAACACGAACACGGCAGGAGUACCUUCGGGACCUGGCUGAGAACUACGUCAGCAGCACGCCCCUGGACUCAGUUGGAAAACUGAACAACCUCAUCUCCCUUGCAUCUAAGAAACGUGAGCGAACGAAAGCAAGAGAGGGAGCAGAGCUGGAAGCCGCCGGGUCAGUGGCCUGGAGAGUCCUGGCCCAGGACUUCAGCGGAGGAGCUGCGGAGCUUCCCUGUGCUUUGGGUAUAUCAGCCGAAUACGUGGUUCUCAUUGACUGCUCCACCAAAGAGGUGGUGUUUAACUGUUUCUGUGGGGACGUGAUCGGCUGGACGCUGGAGCGGCUGGCGUUAAAGAUCUUCUACGGAAGAGGGGACCACAUUGCAGUGAGAGUACCAGACGGAUCUGCGCAGGACAUCAGGGAGAUGGUGCAGAGGUUAAAGUCAUUGACAGUAGGGUGUGAGACGGUGGAUAUGACACUAAGAAGAAACGGGCUGGGACAGCUGGGCUUUCAUGUUCGUGUCGAUGGCACUGUGGCUGAGGUGGAGGAGUACGGAUUUGCCUGGCAGGCGGGACUGAGGCAAGGCAGCCGACUGGUGGAGAUCUGCAAGGUGGCCACUGUGACGCUCACUCAUGAGCAGAUGAUUGACCUGCUGAGGACUUCUGUCACUGUCAAAGUGGUCAUCAUUCCUCCGUAUGAAGAGGGCAAACCUCGCAGGGGCUGCACAGAGGAGUACGAGAUGAAGACCAUGGAGCAGAAACCAGAGCCUGAGCCUCUGGCAGCAGGAUACCGACCUUACCCCCGCCAAACGUGGCGAUGGGAGAGCUCACCUAUUCCUACAGGGCUCCUCAGCGCUCCCAACCUCCAGCGCUGGGGCCCCAUGGGCCCCCCACUUCCCCGCUCACAGAAGACCCUGAUGCCAGUUCCUUACAGAGAGCCACAGUACCUCAGCGUCAAGAGGCCUGUAAGCUACCCAGAGAACCACUACAGCCUCUCUCCUGCAGGAGGUGACAGAGUCCUGCCCUACAGAAACCCCUCAGCCAGUUUCUCCUCACCCUCCCCGGGCUUGGUUGCCCUCUCCGUCUUGGGCUCACCUGGAUUCACUCCAGGCUCCUUUGUACGCUACAAGCCCUCCCCUGACAGGCAUGGAUCAGUACAGCGCCCCCUGCUGCCCUUUGAGCCCCACUUCAGUAUAGGCAUCACCUCUAGUGGAGAGUCUUCCUCUGGCUUCACCAGCCAGGAGAGCACAAUGGAGCGCUGCAAAACAGAGCCCCUCUGGCAUGUCCCAGCAUCAUCGUCUCGAGGACCAGGUGGCGGAGGGGGGCAAAGGAGAAUAACCAGACAGGAUGUCCCGGCCAAAGACUCUCCAAACAGACACUCAAAGGGUGAGGCUCAGUACUCCAGCCACUCCAGCAGCAAUACGUUGUCCAGUAACGCGUCCAGCAGCCACAGCGAUGAACGCUGCUUUGACGGUGGACCUGGAGGAGAGCGGGUAGGCGGCGGAUUUCUUGGUGACCCGGCCGAACCUGACCCCGACCUUCUUCACAAAGGGGGCUCCAAUGACAGCGGCAUUGAGGCCUCCACACACUACAACCACACUCACCGUGGAAACAAGACCAGCAACCAGCCCCAUAAACCCAUGCACCCCUCCGCGACCUACAGCGGCUUUCCAGAGCUGUCAAUGGGAAGGAGCAGCAACGGGGGAGAGUCGAAGAGACGAGAGUCUUCACCCAUUAUCCCAGCCGAUCAGAACAAAGGGUACAUAUCGAAGACGUUCCCACUUCCCGGCUCUAGUGCUGAAAAAAUGGAUGCUUUCAAAUCCCGGUCCUUCACCCCGCAGGGCUACAAGACGCCAACAGCAGAGAAGGCACGACCUGUUCGAGCCUCUACGGCGAUGCCAACCUCGGCUCAGAUGGGCCCCGCUUCUUUAUCAAGCUCCGCCCCCAAGGCGUUUUACAGGAAGAGCAAACCGAGCAGUCAUCAGACAGAAGAGACCAGCACAUCUUCUUCAGACACGACCACGGCUUCCAGUUCUGACAGCAACAACAAGAACAGGCAGGUGGAUACAAAUUCAAAGAACGUGUUUGGGCAACCUCGGCUCCGAGCAUCGCUGAGAGACCUCCGAUCUCCACGUCGGACAUACAAGAGCACCAUCGAGGACGACCUGAAGAAACUUAUCAUCAUGGACAACCCCGGUGAGAUGCAGCCAUCUGAUCCGUCUCCCAGACACACGCUGCAGCGCACAUUUUCAGACGAGUCCCUCUGCAGCGGGCGCAGAGAGGCCGCCUUCGCCUGCUCUGAGAGCCAAACCAACCCCGGUGACGUACUGUUCACCUGUACGCUGCCCACACGCAAACACUCGAGCUCCAUUAACAACUCCAACCACUCACAUAGUAAAAAGAUGCCGCUGUCUGCGUCAGAGUUGUCCCUGAUGGAAAUGAGAGACAAAGUUCCUCCCCUGAGGAGACUCGACCCGGGGCUGAUGCCGCUCCCUGACACUGCCAGUGGACUGGAGUGGUCCAGCCUGGUCAAUGCUGCAAAAGCCUUUGAAGCACAAAGAGCGGUUUCCCUCUUCUCUCUGACCGAGCCGCAGCUUGGAGGUCCAGAAAUGAGGCCGGCUGCCAGUCCAGUUCAGUUUACCACUCCUCAGACACCACGGACCACACCAACGUUCAGUGGAGAUGAGGCGUCCAAUGAUUUGUCGGGUCGGCUCAACCAACUUGAAGUGAUGCUAAAACAACUGAACAAUGAUCUAGAGAAGGAGAAGCAGGAUAAAGUCGUCCUGCUGGCAGAGAUGGCAAACCUGAGACAAAAUAACCAGCGGCUGCAGGAAGAGAGUCAAACAGCCAGCGAGCAGCUGCGCAAGUUCAACACUAUUUUCACCAACCUCAAGACCGGAAGUGACCACGAGGCAUAGCCUGUGAUGCAGGACGCCAGCUCCCACAGGGAGUAAUGGACCAGAACCAGACUGGGGGGUUCAAACUAUGAAACAUAUUUAACUACCCAGUGGACUGCCUUAAAACAGAGACAGUGACAACAGACCACCUGGACUGUAACAUACAGCUCUCCCAGAGAGGAUGUGUCUGCACCUGUGUGCGCUCUGAGCCCGUUUAUUUUUCUAAACUGAAGUGAAAACAUCUCAUUGGACUCGUGAUGCUACUAUGCUGGAGGAGUAACCAGGAGAGGAGGUCCUGACUGUUUAAGAGAACACUACAUCACCUGGAGAGGCCUAAUACUGUUUCUGCAGCAAAUCAGCCAAAAAAAAAGAGAGUGCAUUUCCCAGAAUGCACUGCACGCUGUGGAAGCUCUUCAGAUAUGAACAUAUAGAUGCCUGUGUGGUACGAAUAUCAUGCAUCAAUAUCAUCAACGUCACACUAACCUGCUAAAGUGAGAGGUGUGUGGUGGUAGGAAACUCCUUAAAGGCACUACAGUGUCUGCUUGAUGCACCCGGCAUUCAAGUCCUUUAGAGAGAGAGAGAGUGUGUGUGUACGUGUGUGUGUGUGUGUGUACGUGUGUGAGAAAACAAACUUGUUUACUGUAACAUGAACCUUUCAGGCUCUGUUCUCUAACAUGGAUGAACUGUGGCUCUCAGAUGUGAAACAAGCCAUUGUUGCUCUGAUCUGAGAAGAUGUCAUGAAACUAAAACUCAGUGAGACAAUAACGUCAUAUCUUCUAGUUUGGACCUGACUCCCUGUUUUAGCAGCACCAGACGAUCAUCUCAGACCCAAACGUUCUGGAUCUUUGUUUUAACCUCAGUUACUACAGUGUGUCUUUUAAAGAACAGUGAUGGCGUUUUGGAGUCCUGCAUGUAUAGUGUUGCAAAAGACCAAAAGUUUUAGUAUUUUAUAAGAAGGAUAAGUUUACCAGGAAAUAUUUCACUAACUUUUAGAUCAACCUUCAGUUUUCAAGCCUGUAAAUGUUGUUUAAGGGCUUAAAAACAGUCCUAAACAACAUUUUUAAGGUCAAAGCUCCGUCUGGCUUCUCAGGAGACUAAAUGAGCCCAAUCCCUCAAAAUGCCAGCCUGUCCCUUUAACUUAAAUCAGUAUGAACCUGAACUGGAAUUCACUGAACAACACUGUGUGUGAGCGUGUGUUAACAUGGGCAUCUCAGUAAAUAAAAACCUCAAAAAGUGUUUGUUAUAUAGAUUUAAUACUCAGUGAUAGAAUAUUUUGCUGAUAGAUUUCAUGUAUGAAACUUGCAGCUAAUAAAAACUUAAGUCCGUAAAAGUCAGAAAAUUCAAAAAUUACAACAAAAUAGACUAAAGACAAAUAAUUUUCAUUCAGAAAUGUUUUGUCAUGGCCACACAAUCAUGGGGAUGACUGCUGGCUUGACUGUUAACUAGCAGACAGUCUUCUGCACCCUCCACAAGCAUAUUAAUGGAACGUUAAGUGGAAGGAAAACGUGUGGAGGAUAUAGGUGCACAAGAAAAACUUUGAGUUUCACUUUUUGAAUUGGAUUGCUGUAAUAAACUACAUUUUUCAAUGAUAUUCUAACUUACUGAAAUGCCUUGUUUGGUGUGUGUGUGUGUGUGUGUGUGUCCCGAUAUGCUAUAAUGAACCCAAAAAACUAUUUAUACAACUAGCUUCCCUAAUUAUGUUGUCUACUAUAGCUAUUUUCCUACAGAAAGUGUCUUUUUAGGACCCUGGAUCUGAGAUAUUUCUGAUAAAAACUUCUUUAGUGAACUUUCCAACCCUCUCAGGUUCUGUGAUGCUGUUAAGCGCAGCAUCUUCACCAUCAGAGAUGUUGUGCUGCUGUUUAUACUCUCUUCGACGUCCCUUUAAUGUUUCUGGUUCGAAGGACUUUUUAAAGAUGACGUUGGACCCAGUUUGUUUGCAUGUAAUCUACAAAUUUAAGGGCAAAUACGGACUUUUCGACCCGAUCUUGUUUAUCAACGGCUUACUAAUUAUUCUCCAUGAGAUGACUAAGUGCAAACGCUGUGAUAUUUUAGUUUGUUUCCAAUUUUUUAUGCUCUCUCGCUGUUAAAACAUAACUUGAAAUUAGGCAUUUCUUCUGCUUGUCUGUGGAUAGAAAUGCAGCUUGAGCUUUGAUGUCACUGAUUCUCUCGGAUCCUCUGAGAUAUUCCUCAACUCUAGGUUUAGAUUUGACACUUCGACCAACCAGGAAGCAGCUUCAGCCCUCGUGUUUGUAGUGAAGGACACCAUCCUGUAGAAAACGUUCUUCCACCCAGCUUUGCAGGUGUUGCUCGAACUUUAGUCUUAAUUUCCUGUUUGCUUUUGUGAAAGGGUUGCGGUUUCUUAUUUUCUAUAUAUAUUAAAUAUAAAUCGGGCUAUGAAUAAUUUUAAGCUAUUUAAAGCAUACACAACCCCCCUGAUGAACAAGUCAGUCAUGCAUUAUUAUUGGUAAUUUUGUUUAAUUGUUAAAUAUUUUUGUAAUUUAUUUUUUAACCCAUUGACCACCGUUGCAGAGUAGUAAGAGAAGGUACUGUGUUUUAAUCGUGAUGUUUUACCUCUGAUUUCUCUGUGCAUCAGGGGUACGUUCAGAAAAAACAAAGCGUUCUGGAUUUAUUUGGGUUGUAAUAACUUGUACAUUUGAAAGUGUAAAUUAUGUUUCCAUUAUUUUAUAAAAAAAAUAUUAAAAAUAACUAUGAACACUU